AUGUUUUCGUCAAGUUUCAAGAACAGCCAGGUCAAUUCUCAGACUUAUGACUUGGAAGCACAAACCGCCACCCAAUCGUUAGAAAACGACGAUACUUCUAAACGGGUUGAUGAAGCCGUUCCCCUGUCCUCGUUUGCGAGUACUCCAUCUCGUUCUCGUUCAAAAAUUCCCAAAACUGCCUCUUCUGCGGUUUCCGACUCAACAAUUUCAAGCCGGGCGUCGGUCUCUGCGAAUUCUGAUGAUUUACUUGUCGAGGGACCUCCUCCAUCGCUUUUGCUAGAAGAAGGUCUUCGUGCUGGCUCAAUCCGACAAACAACAUCUCGUAGUCAGCAUCGACUUCAAAAUUCUGCUGCAUCACGACUUCGUCUACCUCGAAACCGAUUUUCAAGACGCUUUCUCCGUGGUAGCAGAAGCGGCAGGAUCGAUCCAGAGGAACGAGCUUUGUGGUACUGGGCAAACGUGGAAAACAUGGAUGUCUUCCUUAACGAAAUUUACGCGUACUACCAAGGAAAGGGCUUUUGGUGCAUCAUUCUUCAUCGGUUUCUUCAGGUUAGCACCAUUGCAUUCGUCGUGGGCUUCUCAACAUAUCUGACCAGCUGUGUUAAUUGGCAAUCCAUCAAGCCGAACUCUUCCCUGGCCUCUGUCAUCUACCCUCGAUGCAUGGCUCGUAUGUCCUCGACAUCCGUACUCAUCCUAUGGGUUUUGCUGUGCACAUUGUUCGCCUUGACAUUACACUAUACGGUAGACACAUUUCGGUUGUGGAGAAUGCGUGACUUUUUCGUGUACGCCCUUCAUAUUCCUGAGCAGGACAUGCAAACUGUGUCGUGGCCGUUAGUCGUGCAACGUUUAAUGAUGUUGAAGGAUUUGAAUGCGCUAACGGCACCCCAAUAUGUUCUUGCUGAAAACGAAAAGCGUCGGAUGGAUGCACAUGCAAUCGUCAAUAGAAUCAUGCGCAAGGAAAACUAUAUGAUUGCGCUCAUGAACAACGGUAUUUUGGAGGCGAAUGUGCCCUACAUAAACUCUCCCAUCUUUACAAAAACAAUGGAAUGGAACCUGAGUUGGUGUAUUUUGUCGCAUGUUUUUGGCAAACAGGGACAGGUAAAGCAGGAGAUUUUGAGUUUUGGAGCACGAACUCGUUUGGCGGAGGAACUGCGUCGCCGAUUUAUCGUAGCUGCUGUACUGAAUGGCAUAUUUGCGCCAUUUAUCGCCAUAUACCUGGUUUUGCUCUACUUUUUCCGCUACUUCAACGAGUAUCAUAAGAAUCCCAGCUCUCUAGGUGCUCGCCGCUACACGCCCCUGGCUCAAUGGCGGUUUCGUGAGUUUAAUGAACUGCAACAUGUAUUUGAAAAGCGUAUGAAUGCCAGUUACGAGGCUGCUUCUCACUACAUCUCUCAGUUCCCGAAUAUAAACCUCAUUCGGUUAGCUAAGUUUGUGACACUGGUACUUGGUAGCUUUACCGCAAUCCUUGUUCUUUUAACGAUCAUUGAACCUGACUUGGCGUUAACGUUUGAGCUGACGGACGACCGGCCUAUUCUCUUUUAUCUCGGUAUUUUUGGUACUCUUAUUGCUGUUGUUCGCAGUGCCAUUCCGGAGGACACGCUCGUGUUUGAUCCAGAAGCGUCAUUAAAAGAAGUUGUUGAGUACACACACUACUUGCCAGCUUCAUGGAAAGACAAAAUGCAUAGCAAGGAGGUGCAAGCCGAAUUCUGUGCGUUUUAUGCUUUUCGAGUUACAACCUUACUUUGGGAAAUUAUCGGUGUUCUGUAUACGCCGUUCUUCCUUUGGAAAAUUGCUCCGGAACGCAGUGCAGCUGUGAUUGAUUUCUUUAGAGAACAUACUGUGAAUGUAAGCGGUGUAGGUAAUGUCUGCAGCUUUGCCGUAUUCCAUUCGAGUACCCGAGGUCCCGCAACCUCAAAAGCUCGGGAAACGUUUACUCGCACAUCGUAUCCUUCUCCGAUGUCACACAAAGUUGCUGCGGUUUACGGUGCUUCAGCCGGUCCCCAAGCUCGCGAUGCCUUUUUACGAGACAAGAUGCAGUUAUCGAUCUUGAAUUUUGCUGCAACAAACCCUGAAUGGAUUCCUCAAAACGAGCAAGAUGUGGACUAA